AUGCCUCCUCUAAAACGCGACGACGAUGUCACGCAAACACCCUCUGCUCCACUAUCGGAACGAGCCAUCAAUACCGACUCUAAUACCGCGGAUAGCUCCAAAUUCGAAGUUCCCAAGGCAUUCGAUACAGGAUUCUCAAAUAAUUUUACCAACUCAUGCGCAAACUUCCUCAAUCGCCUGCGUUCAAGUACGGAAUUCAACAACUGCCACCCAUUUUCCUUACUGAUACAGACAUCAAGCGGCUUUUUCGAUGCCUCGAAAUCUACGCUUCGUAUUACACAAACCCUCGAUGCGACCUGCGAAGUAGACGCAGCGCAAUGCAAACCGAUCCUGGACAAUUUUGCGAUAGAACUACUAUCAGAGACGGCAUGCAAAUCUGACUAUGAAAGCGACAAUCCCUUGGUACUGCAGGCUUACAACGGCCUCGUCGCAUACCAGCCAUCGUAUCAGGCAAGUUGUUUGCACGAUGACCAGGGAAACUAUUGUUUCGCAAAUGCCGUCAGCAACACGUCGUCACCAGGAGACUCAUACCCAUAUUACCUACCCAUUGGACAAGAACUUCCCGGUGGAUCACGGCCAACUUGCAACUCGUGCCUACAACAAGCAAUGAGCGUCUUUUCUUAUUACGGCAACAACGCUACGCAACCUCUUUCGAAAACCUACACUUCAGCCGCUCAGCAGAUCUCGAUAGCAUGCGGCUCGACCUUCGUUAAUGUCACAGCCGCCCCUCUCAAAGCUGCUGCACCGACUACGAGCGUCACAAUCACACCUACGAUAACCUUGAUCCUAAUGUUUGUACUUUAUUUCUUCCAGUGA